AUGGAUUCUUUAAAAGAAAAAUCACUCGUUCUUUCCGAAAUUCACUCUAAAUUUACGAAAUUAGCUUCAAAAUUUCAAAAUAACUCGGACCUAAUUUCCACGGAUUUUCAUACAUCCUUCCGCCAAAAACUAUUUGUCGAUUACGGCUAUGAUUUAUCGAUUUAUGAUGAGGAGACUUCCUUCUUCAAACUUUUUGAAAGCCAAUUAGACAACGAAAUACCUGUCGAGACGAUACACCAAGAUGAACUUUUAAAAAUAGAAAUAUGCUUUGGUGAAAGCGUCAAAACUAAAUACUUGGACGCGGUAAAUUCCGCACACAAGUUUUGUCUUCAAAAGUGCCGGGAACAAAAAAAAGCUUUAUUACGAGAUAUUUUUAUGCUUCCAUCCGGAAAUAAAGAAUAUGUAAUCAAAACAUUGAACCAAAUACAUUCUUAUUUUGCGGAUAUGCUAUCACAGAUGAUUGAACAAUUCCGAGUCACAAUUGGAUUUUAUAAUGCAAACACUGUUUCCAUGAAUCAUUCAAUUUCAACAUGUAUUAAUCAAUCACGUUUCACAGACGAAAUCAAGCAAAUUCUCGAAGACUAUUUUUGUGAAAUAUCCGACCGCCCAAACCAUUGCGAAAAGUUGGAACUAAGUAAAACAACUGGGUUGUCUAUCAAACAAAUUGAGACUUGGUUCAAUAAUAGAAGGAAUCGCGCCGAAAAGGAUAAUGAAAAACUUGAGAGAUUGACCACUGAAUUUUUAGAUAAAAAGGUGGAUUGGGAGGACAAAUUCACUGCUGUCAGAUCAGGAAAGAUAACUGCAAAGGAUAUGAGAACCAUUAUUAUUCAAGCAUUCGAUCUUCCAUGCACUGAUUUAAUAGAAGAAGAACCACUUGCUGUUUCCGAAGACAUCGAAGCUAUUAAAUCAAACGAAUCAUCCUCUUCCAAAAAAUCUACAAAAACCCGUGGACGUCUUACAAAAGAAGCCCGCAAGAAGGUCGCACCUUAUAAUAAAUCGUCACCGAUGACAACAAAAAUAGCAAUGAUGCGAACAAAUGAAGUUAAAAAUGAUAUUCUUCAAGAAGAUUCAAAAGAUCCCAUUUCUACUACUCAAUAUUCCACUCAGCUCUACGGAAAUGAAUUGUCAACAGGGUUUGAUAUUUUUCAACAAGCCACGACAGAUGUAUCCGAUAAUUCAGUUACAAAAACGAAAAUGACCCCUCUAAAAAUUCGCCAUCGUCCAAAUAAAGAUUUGGCAAGAGCAAUAUCACAACCAUAUAAUCGCACUCAACAAAAUAAACAAAUAUCAAACGAAAAUGAACCAGUCAUCUCUGGAGUUCCGUCCAUACAAUAUACUUCGCUCCCCAGUAGUUCCACAAGCUCCUUUGAAGAGGACAUCUUUGAUUAUAUAUCUACAUAUGCACCAACAACAAGCUUUAGUAAUUUAUCUGACAUAUCCGACUUUAGCCAAUCAAGUGACAUAGUCGAUUUCGAUCAAUUCAAUGAUAUUUCCACUUUAAAUAAUUAUUCAACAUUACCUUUUGUUUUUGAACAAUAUGAUUCUUCAUCCAUGUUAACGCAAUCGUUGAAUGACCACGAUUUUACUUUCAAUGCGGUUACCAUACCUAAUUUAUCAGAUACGAGUAUUUAUGUAUCAACAGACACUUUACAAGACCAUGUUUCGGAGCAGGCAUCCGCAGUUGACAUGGCAAAUCAAUACAAUUUAUUUGAUUCUUUACUUGAUAAUGAUACGAAUAUUACUCAACAAACUUACUUUGAUGACAGUAAUUUCACUGUCGGUCCGAUCGGUGAAAAUAUUGACUUUAAUGAUAUAGAACCAUAA